AUGCAACCGUUUACCAGUAAUCGUGACAUGAAAAUCCUGCGUGUUCUAGUUCCGCCACAUACUUUGUCUUUUAAUUUGGAAAUUUCCGUGAAGAAGGCCAAUGAAUGUGACAAUCUUGGCCUUGAAAUUAAUCUUCAACCAAAGAGUUUGCCCAUAGUGAGACCUUUUCAAGUGCCUCUUCCACCCCAUACCUUCGCUUCUGUUGAGUCCACCAACUUUGUUGUUUCGCUGGAACUUCGCGGAAGAAACUCCUCGCAAUAUUUGUCCAGCAUACAUAAAAUAGAUUUACCCGUUUAUGUUAGAGAAGCCGGGGAAUGGUUCAUCGCCAUGUAUGCUAGUGGCACGUUGAACACGGACAGCUCUUGUCGAUUAUGGCUUUUCACAAAAGCUAUCUUUGACGUUCUGGAGCUCGACGGUCACCUGAGCGCGACUGAUGUCGCAUCUGUCUCUGCGGAUUUGCCUUCUGUGAACCUUCGUCGAUUGGAUUUUCUGGAUCAGAUAAACAAUAACACUCGGCUUCCCGCUGCCAACACUUUGCCCUUGUUGGCAUCUUCUGAGAAAAUAUAUUCGUAA